GUCUGUGUGUGAAUGCGAAGGUGUGAAGGUGAUGUGAAGUGAGCUUGUUGGUUUUCGAUAACUUUCAGAUUUAGAAAUAGUUAAAAACAAGCUAGUAAAAUGUCUAAUACAUUAUGUCAAAGUUUACGGUCACCAAUCCGAAGUUUAGCAAAAUUGCGACAAGCAAAAACCAUCUCUACGUCAAUAGUUCAUAAUGAAACCAUAUUAGUUAAGAAUAAUGAAGAAUUUAUUAAUAAGGUUAUGAACAACAACAAAGCUGUUAUAGUCAAUUUUCAUGCAGAAUGGUGUGAACCAUGCAAGAUACUCACGCCCAAACUAAAAGAGUUAAUUGAACCACUCAACAACUUGGAUCUAGCUGUGGUUGAUGUUGAAGACAAUGCAGAUUUAGUGCACACAUUUGAGGUAAAAGCUGUACCCGCAGUAAUAGCCAUCAAGAACGGUUUAAUAGUGGACAAAUUCAUUGGUUUAGUGGAUGCAGACAUGAUUACUAGUCUUAUAGACCGAAUGUCUGGUAAAAAUAAUGCGGGAGCAUAAGCCAUUAAUGACUUGUAAAUAAUAGAAUUUAUUUAAAAAGGUGGAAUUAUUGUAUGUGAUGCGUCAUUAGGAAUAACUCACUUUAAACUUAGAUUAGAAGCUGAUAGAAAAGCGUGCGACGCGUACACAAGACAACGUAUUUGACAACACCUAUAUGAGAUUACGGUUAAAGAAAUAAGUCAGAGGUAAUAUAAUAUAAAAUUCUAGACACUUAAAGAGUUAUGUACUGCGAAAAAUAUUCUGUAUCCGGAUUAAAAUCCGUAGGUCCGUUGCAUCACGUCGCCGCGUUAAUUAUUUGCAUACUUUUAAACCCCAAUCACAGCAGAGAAAAAUGUGCUGGAAUUUACAUUCAAUAUUUCACCUUAAUAAUAUAAAAGAUUUCUAUUAUAGAUUGUUAUUUACAAACUUAUUUAUAAUUAUUAUUCGAGAUUUAUCAUGUGAGUAAUAACAUUUGAAAAGAAGUAGCUGAAACUCGUUAAUUGUUUGGAGCUAGAUUGUUUGCUAUUGUACUAAAACUGAUAAAAGAAUAUGACAUGACAAAUAAUUUAUUUAAGUAAUCUUAGAAAGACUACUUAUUUUCGAGACUAUGACGUCAUUGUUAGAUACUGUUACGAUAUGAAUGUUUAAACAAGUAUUAGAAUGCAAUUUGUAAUUGUUAAGUGAAGAUAAACUACAAUAAUCAUAAAAGUAUUCUUUAUGUGACAAAAGUACUUUAGAUAAUGCAAAAUGUAAUUUUGUAAUUAAGUAAAGUGAUAACUAUAAAAAUAAUAUCACUUGAGACUUAUAAGAAGUGUCUAUAUCUCUUAUGACCUUACUUCUACUUUUUUGCAAUUGUAAUUUUUCUCACAGUUCUGUUUGCCUUAUUUGAAGGGUUGUAUUGUUGCUAUUGAAUCAGUUAUACUAUAUUAGCGAUCUUCAAACCAUCAUUAGUAAUCUUGAAUAUAAGUAAUAAAUGGUAAAUGCAUAUAUGUAAGACUGCUUUCUCAUAUAUAGGCGUUUCAGUUGCGCUAUUGCAAUGCUUCUAACACUUACAUCUAUAAUCGAGACAAGUAAUUACUUAGAAAAAUAUCAUGGCAUAACUUAAGCAAAUAUUUUUACCCAUUAGACGAGAAUUUAACGCGAAUAAUCCUAGUAUUCCAACUUAUGAGAGUUUACUUCUUUAUGCAAUUCACACGGCCCCAUGUACUCUGAGAUGGGACUCGAACCCACAACCUUACCUCUUAGCUACCCAGGACCCAACAGUACUGACGAAUUUGUCGAGCACUAUUAUAUUUAUCAAUGAACAGUCAAUUCAGCCAAGCAGCCAAAAGAAAUAUUUUCACAAAUAUUUUAAAAUAUUUGAUCAAUUUUUCGUUCACAAUGUUAUACAGGAAAAUUAUGUUAAUUCAAAAAUAUGUGAUGAUGUAGUUAAUGACAUUUUCUCAAGUAAUUACUUUCAACUACAGAUACGAGUAUUACAACCGGUUUCUGAAUUAAACCAUCUUAAACAAGUUUUUUUAAUGAUCAGUUGAUAGCAGUUUGAUAAAACCGGGACUUUUUGCCUUGUGAUACCUAAAAAACUUAAGUUACUGAUUUUAACAAUCAGUUGAGAUUUUCUACUUAUCUCAAUUCAGAAACCGGACGUUAGUCGCCCGGCUAGUAUCGUAUGACAGUUCUGCGUUUGGCGUAUUGUAGUCACACGAAUAAAACGUAAUUAUGUGGAAGCAAUGGCUCAUAUUGCCCCACUUCUUUACGGAUUUGAAAAUCAUGUGUUCUCUUUAAAUAGGUUUUUGGCAAUAAAAUAUUUUUAUCUUUAUUUCUUAAUAUGUAUAAAAAUAUGAUAAUUCAGACGUUAGAGUGCAACGCUCGGUGCAAGUCUGAUUAAAAGUCCGUCGAGUGGCCCACGAAAGUAUGAGUUGGUACGCGACAGAUUAUCCGUCAAUGGUCAAUGACAUAUAUAUUUGUCAGUCCAGACGUUCCGCGAUAGAGACGCAUCUUUGAUCAUAUUUGCAGCGACAUUAAUUUCUUUUGUUUGCUAUCAAAUUAUCAAUAAACUUUAGACUACAUCGCAUAUAUUUCUUAGAUCCCAAAUUAAGUAGCUAAAGCAAUAAAUUAUAUUAUAGGUUCUGUUACAUAAAACUAAGGGCCAGAAAUCGACUUGGUAUGCUUGCAUGAUAUGUCUAAACGAUAAACUAUUUAUAUAAUCUUUUAAUGAAGGUUACUUGCGAAGUAGUUGGUGCUAAGUAGCGAUCUACUAGAAGUUAAAUCGAAACAUAUCUUUGAUCUGUGCACGAAAAUUGCACCUUAAAAAUACGUAUAAAUUGGAUGCAGUUUACAAAAACAGAAAUAUCGAGUUACAAAAAAUAUUAUUGUCCACAAUAUACGUGUUACCAAAUAUUGUAUAAGGUUCAACUUGAAACUAUUUUAAACUCUAAAUAUUUCCAACAAUACCUUUAUAUUCUCUUAAAUUAUUUCGUUUUGUCCAAAGUGACACUAAAAGAUCAGAGAAGUCGAAUUAUAAAUAGUAAAUUCAUCUAUUAGAAUGUGAACUGUAUUCAUUUAUGCGCUUGAGCCUUAUUAUAUAAAUGCCUUUAUAAAUGUAUUUUAUUUUGUUAUACUGUGCUAUACUUAUUUGUUUACUAUAUACUACCAAAUAUAACUAAUUAUGUAGUCAUUGGUAUAUUCGGCUUAAUUUAGAGAACUUUGCAAUGCAGAGUUGUAGGAUUUAAUAAGCCUGUGUUCUUUAAUUUUGUGGUCAUACUAUUGUCUAUAUUAAUAGGAGCUAUUAUUUUUUUAUAUGAAUGUUAUUGAAACCCUUUGUUUUUAUAAUAUUACAUUAGCAAAAUAUUACAUUCUCGAAUUAUUAUAUUCUCAAAAUAUUACAUAAAGAACAAUCGCAGCGAAAAUUGUUUCUAAUAUGUGGGAAAAAAAUAUACAUUUUUGACAACAUCACAUACAUUGAUCUGAUACCGUAGUAUGUAGCUUAUGCGUUUAUAAAAAAAAAAUCAAAACCAAAAAAAAAAAUGAAAUUAUAUUUACAUAAAAUCUAUAUUUUUUUAUUCUAAUUAUAUUUAAUAUAUUUAUAUAAAAUUUAUAUUUACAAAUAUUCAUCACAUAAAUAUUUGUGCCGGGUGGGAAUCGAACACACGACCUCUUUUUAAGGAAAUGUAUCGUUCUAUUUUAG